CUCAAUAGGUUUCUUCAAUUUGGCGAGGGAUCCUCUGGACUUUUGUAUCUUGUCCUUAAUGGUGUUUUCAAGCUCUUCUGUAGUAAGGCGCUGUGUUUUAAAUGGUAUGUGUUCUUUCUGUUCACGAGAGUCAUCAUGAUGACGUUUCUGUGGACCCGUUUUGCGCGGUUUUUGGACUUGGCACCAUUUUCUUAUCAUUGGUGUUUGUUUUUUUCACAUUUAGUCUUUUGGCCUCUGUGGGGUCGCCGUUUCUUCUCUCAGCAUUGUUAGUCUUUCUGUUUCUUUGCAAUGGCUGAUCCCCAUUUUCAUGAAGGUUUGUGUUUUUGUGCCUUUCUGUUGACAUUUGUCCACACGGUAUGUCUUCGUCAUCCGAAGCUAAUAGGCUUUCUUCUGCAGGAUCGUUGGCUAUAUCAGCGACUAUUGAAGGGCUUGUUGUAAGAAGUCCUUCUUCGUUUACUAGUUUGUUAUCUGCCAUGAUGAUUUCGAGAGUAAAUUCUCAAGCAAGACUCGAGUUUCGCUCCUUUCAGUGGACCUCGUCAAUUGCUACUAUGAUAGGUUAUGUUACCUCUAAAAGCAUUCGUGCAUUUCUUUUUCCAGAAAAGAAAAGUCUAAAAGUAGAGUAUUUCAAUACGUCUCCAUAAAAUACUGUAAGCUGGUUUGUAGCAAAUACUCUAUAUUGCAGUGUUUCUUAUUUUUAUAGUUUGACAACAAACAUGUCAGUAAUUAAUUUAAAACAUUUAAAAUCACUUAUCGAUAUCGCACAUUACAGAAAUGAUGAUCCCCAUUGUAUGCCUCGGCGGUUGCUCUGCCAACGUUUGUCCUCACACGUUUGGCAAAGAGGGUGUUUUUCCGGUUGAAUUCAAAAUAUAAUGUGUGUAGUUCUUGCCGGGUAUAUUGCUCCUUUCCUGUCUCAGUCAAACAAAACACUCCUGAGCAAUACUUUCAAAUACUUGCUUCUCUAGUGAACCGUACUCUCUUCCCAUGGUCUCUUUGGAAACUGUCCAGUCAGGUUGAUUUCAUGAGUGCAGUUAUGCACCAGCAGAAACAACUAAGCUUAGCUUCAACCAACCUCGCUGUGUUUCACUCAGCAGCGUUUACGCUCUCAGCAUAAAAGGAAGCAUUAUGCGUCAUGUUUAAACCGAUAGCAGUACAAAGUGUAAACAUUGCCAUUAUCAUCUCAGAAAUUUCCAUUUAAAAGGAGGUCUUCAAACGAAAACGCAACAUACAAUUGACAAAAACAAGAGCGCAUUUUUAUCCACCAGCUAAUUUCCUUGUUUCUCGGUCCCGCCCUCGCCCCGCCUCUAGACCAGUUAGUCAUGUGACCAAAACACAACACUUACAGGGGGCAAUAACGUGGAGGAAAGAGCUGUAUUAUUUCGCUUUUCUACGUUCUUACUUAGUAAUGGUCAAGUACAUCAAAUCGUUUGGCACUGAGCAAUCAUGACAACAUAAACAAAGUGCAGUUUUACGCACCAGAGUUCGUACCCUUUUUCAGAAACAAUUUUCCAGGACUUUCCCACUCUUCAGAUUGAUUUUUCCAGGACUCCAAAAUUCACAUUAACGCUUUCACUGUCAAAAGUGACAAAUAAAUUAUUUCUACUUACAAUUUCAGCACAUUUGCAGGCAAACAAAUGAGGGGAAUAAACAGAAAGUAAAAUAGAGACAAAUUGAUUGAACACUAAAUUAUCAGAAGUAACAUAAGAAGUCCAUGGUGGAUAGUUAGUAGAAUUAUUAUUCCCAUCUUGGGAUUGAAAGUUUCUAGUAAUUCUUUGUUACGUUGCAUUAUACUUCAGUUUACAGUUCAAUUAUUGUCAAUAAAAUCACCAUCAAGGACUAGCUCCUAGUUGGUCAUAGUUGAUUCAUGAUCGACCAGUAAAUUAUACCCGCUCACACGGAGUUUCGCCGCCACAAAUAGUUUUAGCCGCGUGACAAUUGGCUUCUCCUACAGCUGCUGGAGCUUUCCAUCUAACUGCUCAUCAAUGCCUUUCAAGGUUGCCCUCUUUUCCAUGGCAGAUCUUCGCAAACUGUUUGAGUUGGCAACCCAAGUAAGGUUUCUUGAAUUUUCCGCCUUGUCAGCAAAUUCAUCUACAGUCUUCAGAAGAGCCCUUAUAUCAGUUCCAACUGUCAUUUUUCUUAAGCUCAUCGAUCUCAUCCAUUGUUGCCUUUCGUUUUAGCAAUUUUUCCUGGGACACUUAACUCUUCUGCGCUUCUAGAUAGGAAAGAUACUUCUGUCAAGCUCCAACAGAUGAUAUAAGAAGUUGCUUUCAGAUUUGUCAAUUGACAAGGCCUGAAACUGAUUAAAUGUGACCAUGAAUAAUCCUCUGUGCACUGAACGAUCUUUCUGACAGGUUCUCAACUGUCACUUAUUGUUUACAGAAAAGCCUCUAUUAACUGUGGAUUGACCAUGAGACAUAAGCAACAGUAGUUUAACCACACUCCACUGACACUUUAGCUAGUUGCUUAUUACCAGCCAUGUGUUCAUACAGUAGUGUCAACUCUUGAAAUGGGUUCACUUGGGUCAAAAUCUUCAAAGACAGGAUUACCUCCACAUUCAUCCAGAAACUGUCCAGACUGAUAUAUCUCCUUAUCACACUCAUUAGUUUUCAAUCUGUGGGCUUCCAGAAGAAUUUCAAAAACUCUUUUCAUUUUGCUGACUCAUGUUUCUUUCUCUCUUUCCAUUAGCAUAUUUCUUACUAGUCCAUAAUUUAUUGGUGUUUUGUCAAGCAGUUUAGAAGCUGUUUCUGCACCAAAAUCUGUACAUUCCAUUUUGAAUUGAAGAACUUGCCUUUCACAAAUUCCUCAGACUUUUCUUUCAGCAUCUGUUGUGCUACAAAGCCAACAUCAGCUUUCUUGUAGUCUAACUGCUGUUCUUUAUCGGUAGGCUUCAAUUUCAGGAUCUUCAAAGGAGAUGUUGCGUUUCCGUAAGAUAAAUAUGCUUCUUUCCCUUUUCGCAGCUUUUCAAUGCUGAUUCUCCCAUGUUUGAUACAUCAAAUGCCUUCGAGCAAAUUUUGCAUUUUGCUUCAAACUUGUCCAUGUCACGUUCCAACCACAAUUUAUAGGAAGAGUUUCCAACCAAUGUUUAAAACUAAAGACACCCAUCGACUGAUGUAUAGGUCUCCAACUUACGAAAUCAUGCAUAUCUCAAGGUUACUAAGGGACUAUGACAAGGAAAAAAACAUAAAAGAGAAAUAUUUAUGUGGUCAACACCACAGACGCAUAGCAUGUUAUAAUUAUAAUUCUCAAGAACAUUAUUACUUUAUUCAGUUUAACAGAUUUCCAGGACUUUCCAGGACCAGCAGUAUUAUUCCAGGACUUUCCAGGAUUUCCAGGACCCGUACAAACCCUGAUGCACUUUCGACGUACAAAGCUCGAAUUUCUUUCUGGAAGGGAAAACCUAAAUAGAUGA